GACCAUUCACCAUUCAACGUCAACACGAGAAUAGCAGGAAAAAAACUGUAUUUCGCUUGUCAACAAAUAUGUCGCUGAUUAAAAAUUUAGUUAAAGAAACAGAAGAAAACAAGCCUCGAAAGAAGAAAAAGAAUGGGGACUCCGAAGACAGCGAUAAUGAAGGAAAACACAAACCAUUGGGACCAUUCAUAAAAAGUGCUACAGAUCUACAAAGAUUGAAGUUGGAAAAACUAAUGAAAAAUCCAGAAAAGCCAGUUAUUAUACCGGAGCAGAGGCGGGAGCGUGACUAUAUGUCUUCAGUUCCCACAUUUGUGCGUAAUGUGAUGGGCAGCAGUGCUGGUGCGGGCUCCGGUGAAUUCCACGUCUACCGCCAUCUGCGACGAAAGGAAUAUGCCCGUCAAAAGAACAUACAAAACCAAAGUCUAAGAGAGGCUGCCGACGUUGCGUAUCAACAAAAAUUGGAUGACAACAAACAAGCAGCCGAUAAUCGCACAGCCAAAAAACGUGCCAAGCGUCUCAAGAAAAAGCUGCGUGCAAAACGAGCGCGCGAGCAAAAACCAAACGAAGAGAAAAAGGUUGAAGCUGAGUCGAGUGAAAGUACUUCAGAAGACGAAACUGACACAAAAUGUGAAGCUGUUACAAAAAGCGAAGUCAACGAGGAAGCAACCACAACGGCAGAGAAAGCUACCACCUCCAAUGAAGAAAGGGAAACAGCUAUUGAAGCACCCUCUGAUGUGAUCAUCGAAAAAAGAGUUACCACAGCUGUAGCGGAGGCUGGAUCUUCCGAACCCGAGACUUGACUUAACUUAAAACAUAAUAAUUUAAAAAUGUUGUAUACCCAUAUAUAAGAAUAUUGCUUAAGGCUAAUGAGUGAAACAAA